CAGGUAUCCUACCCAUGUAUUCAAAGGGUUAUACAUGACCCUUUAAAUACACAUCCUUUCAAGCACAUGCAUUUGGAGAGGAUUUCCUAACUUGGCAGAAAGAGAGAGACAGAGAAGACCUGAAAUCAGGGCCAGAUUUCAGUUUGACGAGGCCCUCAGCUACUGAAGGUAAUGGGGCCCUUUAUAUGUCCAGUUGUCCUUCGUCAACAACAAAUUGUCGCUGUUUUUGUGUUGAAUAUAUGCUAUAUGGUAAUUUAUGGACCUAAUAGGUAUCUAAAAGCCAUUUGCACAUAGCAAAAUAUGUAUUUUAUCAAAGUAAUUGUUGAACUGAAAUAUAAUUAAGAAGUAUAUUAAUAGUGAAUUUUUGGGGGGAAGAGUGGGGCCCUAAGCUAUAGCUUGUUUAGCUUAUACGUAAAUCCGGCACUGCCUGAAAUACAGAACAAACUAUCAACACAGGACGUGGCAUUUUAAGCCGAAAUAAGGGACCAGCCUUGUAUAUUAUAUACAGGACAGGUGGGCACCCUAAGCCUAUUUAAAGCGGCGUGAUGACGUCACAGAGCAACGUGCGCUUGCUUGCUCCGAGGCGCCAACCCCCACCGGGCUCCGUGAGCCUGACUCGCGCUCAUGAGACUCUCAGGGCGUCGCGGGUUCGAGUCCCGCGUUGGGCGACAGGUUCCCAACCCCGCCGCUAGGCCGACCCUCGCGGCCUCUUUCCAACUCGGCCAAUUCUGCGACUCGUCGUCAGAAAGACCUCUCUGGUGGUGGGGGAAAAAUAAAAACAAAACACCGACAACACAACCUCCCCGCCGCGCCGCGGCCUAGCGGAAAGCGCCGCUUCCCCGCCCUCGGCGAGCUGGGCUCCGCCCCGCGGAAGGGAGCCGAGCCGGGUCCGUGAGGGGAAAGAUGUUGGGCGCCGCUCGGCGGCAUGUGGCCUGCGCUUUGUCGGGCGGCGUGGACAGCGCCGUGGCGGCCCUGCUGCUGCGGCGGAGAGGUGAGGCAGCAGCCACCUGGGCGGCGGGUUUCGGACGCGGCCCAGCGCCUCGGCCUUCCCCUCACGCGAGCUCCGCUUUUUUCCUCACGGGCCGCGGGAACGGAGCCAUCCUCCUUCCCCUGACGCCGCCUCACGGCCGCCGCCGCCGCCUAUCCGCUUCUCAGCCGGGGAGGGGGGUUUGUAGUUGUUUUGCUCGCGAGUAAGCCCCGAGGGUUGACUCCCGUGUCUUGAGUGUGGCGGGAAGCCUUCUUCCCGCAGCCUUCACACGUGUCUGGUCAGCACACACGCGAGUCUCUCCCUCCCCCCCCUCCUUUAUUCUCCUCAGGGAGCCGGUUUCCUGGGUGGGAUUUAUCUUGUUUUAUUUAUUUAUACAGGUUCGCCCUAUUCAUACGCAAAUACGCCGUCAAGAGAGGAUUUAGACAAUGGGAAGGCUUUCCCCAUUUGCUUCCCUUACUGUAGGAAUAUUUGAGGUCAUGGGGAGAGUCAAAAUGGCUCUCCCGUACUAUUUCAGACCCAUGGUUUAUAUAUUUAGAUAUGUGAGCGUUUAUGGAUAUUCUGUAUUUGAGACCUUAGAAUUAUAACACCACAAAGUUUCUUCCAGGGAGAACAAAUGAGAAAACCUUCUCAAGUCUGCCUGUGUGGCUUUGUGCAAGAUCGAUAAAUGCGUUAGUAGUAUGUCUCCUUCUUGCGUGAAAGGGGCUCUUGUAUCUACUGUAAAAGCCUUGUGUCACCCUCGUCUUUCCACGGACAUUAUACUAAUACACAGUGCUAUUUUUAUGGGAAAAGAGGGGCUGGAAUUCCCCAUGAACGCCUCCCUUCUUCUCUUAGAAUGGCAAUGGCGCCCACCUAAAAAGUUCCAGCUGAAAAACCCCUUGCUAAUAAAGCCUUUUGACUACAAUUCCCACCUUCCUUAACUAUUGGUUAGGGUUAGUAGGAGUUGUAGUCUAAGAUACCUGGAGCACAGCAACUUGGAAGAAGAAGAGUUUGGACUUGAUAUCCCGCCUUUCACUACCCUUUAAGGAGUCUCAAAGCGGCUAACAAUCUCCUUUUCCCUUCUUCCCCCACAACAAACACUCUGUGAGGUGAGUGGGGCUGAGAGACUUCAGAGAAGUGUGACUAGCCCAAAGUCACCCAGCAGCUGCAUGUGGAGGAGCGGGGAAUCGAACCCAGUUCACUAGAUUACGAGUCCACAGCUCUUAACCACUACACCACACUUGGGAACUGCCUGUGACCUUCAUCCGUCCAGUUCCACCUUCCUUAGCAAUUCCAAGCUCUGAAAUGCUUCACUGUCCAAAUCCAAACUGUGAAGCUCUACUAUGAAGCCAAAAUAACAUCUAUUCCUAAUCUGAGCAUACUUUGGUUUGUUUGUUUUUUGUUUGGAAGCAGUCUUCUGUUACAGCGUGAGGCUUCGCAAAAAAAGGAAAAAGGCUUGCUGAGAAAGACACAGCUGUUUUCGACAGCUUGCUUAAUUUGCAAGGUUAGUCUUGAGUGAUUCUUCAUGCAAAAUAUUUUCUUCUUCUUUCUUGUCCUCUCUAGGGUACCAGGUGACUGGAGUGUUUAUGAAGAACUGGGACAUUGUGGAUGAACAAGGAAUCUGUUCUGCUGACAAAGACUGUGAAGAUGCUUACAGAGUUUGUCAGAUACUAGACAUUCCAUUUCACCAGGUUUUCUAUGUAAAAGAAUAUUGGAAUGAAGUCUUUAGGUAAGAGAGUUUUCAUUAAAGAUUUGCCAAGAUAAAGCUUCGCAUGGCUCUAUGCGAAGGUAAGGGAGUAAGGGAGGCUGGUAACCCCAAAGUCAGCUUAGGUCUGUGCUGUAAUGCAAACCUUUCUGCAUAUGCACACACUCUGAAUGACUGACUGCAUUUUCCUCCACCUGCAGUGGAUAUUGGUGGGGUUGCAACUUUAAUCUUGCUGUUUUCAUCAAAAUAGGACUUGUAGAGCGCCUAUUUAGGAAAACAUGCCGUUAUACAUGUGCAGAGUGAUCAUUAAAAACAUCAAUUACUCUUUGCAAAUCUAUAGACAGGGAAAGAGCUUCCAUGUAAGAGGGCCCUCGUAUGAUAUUCAGGCACAGUGGUGUAGUGGGGGCACAUUUUUGGGAUGGGGUGCAACCAGUCCCCCCACAAAGGCCCCUUCUCCACAGGGCUGCAUGCAGCCCAUCUAUGACCUGGAGAGCAGAGAGAAGGAGCAGUGUCGCGGUAGCGUUGCAGCCCCUCUCCUCCACUUGCACCUGGCUGGGCCAGGCACAGUGGUUCCCCUCAGAAUUUCCAAUUUUUAUGUUUGACUUGGGGCAAAAUCAUUCUCCCCCCACCCAUCUCCCCCAAAUCUUUGCAUUUCUACACCUUUGACAUUUUUAUUGUUAUAGCCCAUUUUAAUCUAAUAGGACUGUCUUCUCCUGGAAAUGCUCCUGAGGUAUUUUCCAUUUCUUUUAGGGCAUCUUGGAGGUAUAACGAAUAGAGAAUGAAUGCAUGAUGGAUGUCAUGGCCUUGCAUCCUUGUAAAAUUUCCUUAGGGGAGACUCUGUGAAUCAAUUUUUCAUGUACUAAAGGCUCUGAUGGAUCAUUGUGUCUGGGAUGAGAAAGGGUGUGUGUGUGUGUGUGUGUGUGUGUGUGUAAAACAAGGUUUCAUUUCCUUGUAGCUGAUAGGUUGUUUGCUUGAUAUAUCUGGAGAUAUAUGCUGUAGGGCAGUAUAGAGUGCUGCAAAUGGUCAUUUUUCUUUUAUAGAAAUUUGUUUUAUGAUUUUGUGGGUUCAUUUUUUUUUGAUGGGAGGAAUGGAGCGUGCCAAAUCUGAGCAAGUGCCGUAUGCUUCUCCAGAUAAAGAGCUUGGUUCAACCUCUCCUGAGGGUUCAACCUCUCAGUUUGUAGUCAUAAUUUAUUUACAGCUAAUGGUCGAGUCCAUGCAGAACAUUUUAUUGUUGUUUGCAAUGAUAAGCUCAUAAGGCACUUUGAGCACCUCAUGAGCUAAAAAAGCAGGACUCCGAUGUUCAAAAUACAUGAAGACACAAGAUGAAGAUGUCCAUUUUCAAACCAUAAAGUUCAACCAGGUUCAGCAGAAUUACCUUUGGAGGCUGAUUCCUGUUCUACAAUGCAAAGAAGAAGUGAGAGAAACCUUUGCAAGAGCAAGUGAAUAUCCUCUUAUGGCACUGCUUGAUGGAAUAGUGCAUAAAUCCCUGCUGAUCAACAUGCAUAUUCAUAACUAUAGACUUCAUAGCUAAUUAUAUUGCAUAUGUGAACAUCUUUGAAUUGUACAGUCAGAUUUUAAGAUCUUGAUCUCAGUAGUAGUUCUUAAUCAUGAUUGAAUAUAAUAAACGCAGAACUUCGCAAUAAGUGCUAAAUACAAGAACUGCCAUGUUAACCUCAGAGUUUCUGAGCAUAAGAAGAAACAACUUCAGUGAAAUCCAGACAGAGGAAAGCUUGUUCAGUUCUAGUCCUUUUGCUGGGAUGAAAAUACGAAUGAGAUACUUGUUUUUACAUAAAAUGUGUAAGAUUCCUGGUAAGCCCAUGUGGUUAGAUUUAGGUUAAACCUUGGCAAACAUGGGUCUGAGUUUCCAAAUGUUCAUAAUCAUUCUAGUUUUCUUUACAGCUACCUCUUAAAUGAAUAUGAAUUGGGAAGGACCCCUAAUCCUGAUAUUAUAUGCAAUAAGUACAUCAAAUUCAAUUAUUUCCUGGAUUAUGCUGUGAAUAACCUUGGUAAGUUGCUUGCAGGUGUGUAUUAACCAAAUGACUGUAGCUUAGUAGAGCACAUCCUUUGCUUGCAGAAGUUAUCUGGUUCCAUCCCUGGCAUCUUCAGGUAGGGCUGAAAAAGCCCCGUUUGAAACCAUGGAAAGCCAUAAAAAUAUUUAACUUUUUUAUUUCCUGGUAUCCUGUAUCCUAUAUACAUUCUACCCGAGGUGGCAUAAAUAUCGUUCCCAGGAGGUCCCAUCCAGGCAAGCAGUGACUUGUCUAACUUCAGCUAGGCGGUGCCCUCAUAAGCAUUCAUACCAGUGGUCUGACUGUAUAAGCCAGCUUCUUGUGUUUCAUUCCUAAAUGCCAAUAAAGAAACUGCAACCAAAAUCAGGAGCAAGCCCUUGAGAAAGUGAUACAGAUUUUAAGACUGGCCUCUUGUUUUUUCAGGAUUUAGGUGUACCAUAGAAACUAGCAUUGUUGUAUAAUAUGUUGGAUCUUUUGUUAACAUAACAGCAUUUUCUAAGCUUCUCUCUGAAGAAUCUCCCAUAACGUGCACAUAUUAUUUAAACGUGCCAGGAGCAGAUGCAAUUGCCACUGGACAUUAUGCAAGAACUUCUUUGGAAGACAAUGAAGUAUUUCAGCAAAAAUACAUACGCAGGCCAGAAGGACUUUUCAGGAAUAGAUUUGAAGUAAGAAAUGGUAAGUGGCCUACUGCUGAAAUCCAGAUCUUAUAUUUAAUAUACUGGUAAUUUAUUAUGCUGAGAAUUGGGAUGAGUGGGGCAUAUGUAACCUACAUAUUUUUGCCCAUAACAUGUAGUUUGCAGAAGAUCUCUUAGGAUAGGAUAGGGAAGGAGAAGCUAAAGCAGAGCAGACAAUUGAUGCAAGGUUACAUUAUUUGGUGAAGAAAUUCUGGAAAAGCUACUGUAUAGUGCUGCUCAUUGUAGACCCCAUAAUCAGGAUGCUUGCCUUUGAGUAUUGCCUGAACAAAAGUUUGGUUAUUUACUGUUUUGGGUUGCCUUGUGUAUAUUUUAGGGCUGUUGAUUGCCCGGAUGUACCUUAUUGUUUCAGCUACUUUGCAAUAGCCCAUGGGUGAAAUAAAUGAAUCAGACUUUACUUGAUUGCAUAGCACAUACAGAAAGCAUUAUAUUCUGAAGGACAAUGUGCAGUGCAUUCUGAGGCAAAGUUUUCUAUAUUUGUUCACCUGCAAUUUAUGUUCCAUAGCAUCUGGAAUAAUUCACAGGAAUAGCUUCUUGCUGGGUUGGGCUAAAAUCAAAUGACAUGUUUAUUGCAGCUCUAGUUGGAGUUUCUCUUUGGUUGGUUAUGGAAUAGUUUGUGCAUGUGGAGCUUCCUUUAUUAACCAUGAAGCAAACUGCACAUAUUUCCAUAGGCUCUCACUGAGGAGCUCCAUGUAUAUAGUAUCCGUUCAAUUGAAGUGAGUGGGAGGGCAUAAUAGUUGGCAGAUGAAGUGUGUACAUCAGCACUUAUUUUGUCUGCAAACAAUUGCUGCUUUGUGCAAAGAGUGUUUUCUUAGCAUUUCCUUAAAAUAUGCAUCACAUUUUUUUGUAAUGAGAAAAUUGGGAUAGUUUUCCUAUUAAACUUGAAAUCUUUUAUAAUAUUCUCUUUAAGUAAUAGUCAGAAGUACAGCGAAGGAAACAUGCAAGUGAAAUGGGCUGUGUAUAGUCAAUGUAAUUUUAUUUUAUAUCUUUUCCUUCGCCUCCCUUUUCACAGCUGUAAAACUUCUUCAGGGAGCUGAUCAUUUUAAAGAUCAGACAUUCUUUCUCAGUCAGAUCUCACAAGAAGCCUUGCGGAGAACCAUUUUUCCUCUAGGAGAGUUAACAAAAGACUUUGUAAAGAAGAUAGCUGCUGAACAUCACCUUCACCAUGUACUGCAGAGGAAAGAGGCAUGGUAACUCUUACUGUCUUACCAUCAAAGCGCUUAGAGGGGCAACGCUCACUGAAUGGGUCUUGUGCCACCAUCAAAAAAUGAGUGCAGCAGUAGAAUUCUGUCAUUCUCAAUUGUUUUUGUCACCCCAUUGUUCUCCUGAUAAGAGCUUGUUUUGCACACUAUGAUUGAAAUAGAGAUGAUUGUAACAGUUCAGUAUGGUUGUUCCCUGGACAAAGAAGCCACUUGUGGCGAAGGGGGAAGUUGCCUGGCUUUGUUGGGUCCACCUUCUGUGUUAUGGCCCUAUUCCUGGGCAUUCAUGCAUUGGUACUGAAAUGUGCGUUGGAAAAGUCUGUGCCAUGUGAGUGGGGCUGAUACCAAGCCAUGGUAUUGCGGGCAUGAUCACCAGUCCUGUUCUCCAUGUGCAGCUGAAUUGGGCUCUUCAUUACUUCUGGAAAACAUUUCAUGGUCCCAACUUGUGACGUUUUUUGUUUGAACCAUUGGUAUUGCUCACUGAAAAAAACCUAGCUUUUGUAAUGUGUUUAAAGCAUGAGUGGUUAGUGAAGUGUAUAUUUACAACUCUUGUAAUCCACACACUGAAGUACAAUGUUUAAAAAACCUCCCAAAACAUUGAUAUGAUCACUGUUCUGUGUCUCCAUUUUAAUAUACCAAUUUGUGGCAGUAGUUCCGAAGAAGACGAAUCGAAAGGGUUUGCCAAAGAGUGCUUUAGCUUUUACCACAUUUCACAUUCCUGGUCCAGUAGAAGUUGAAUCUGCAUGACAUGUCACCAGAAGGUGUUGCAUGGUAGAAUCAGGCAUGAAAUGACCAUGAAUAUAUUAUAGCAUUCUUGCCAUAGGGUGGUCAAAGAGUGUUUCUUUCUGGGAUUAUGUGUUUCCUGGAAGAGUUGAUCAGGACGGAUGUGGUUUUCCUCUCGUGAAUUAAGACCCUAGUUUGUGGAGUAGGGAAGGUGUUUGGGGAUCAACCCAUUCAUCUGGUAAGGGUUGCCAUGGUUUUGUGUGAUGGUUUUCUGGAUAUAAUUAGCAAUAAAGAGGUGUGUGGGAAUUGCAGUAAUUAACAGAUGAGGUGAUAAUGUUCAGGAAUUAGCUUCCAGAGCAGGUAUAGUGGAGAGACUUCUGCUUAACUGCUCUUUUUCAUCUGAACUAGACAAUUUCACUUUCCUGCCUUUUUUAAACCAAUUGUUAGUUACUGAGAUCUUUUGUAGGAGAGACCAGUUAUAAAUGUUUUAAUAAAUUAAUACUAGAUUUUUAUUUAUGUACUUCAGGGAAGGAUGUUGUCUUUGAUGGAAAUUGAAUUUUGCUCUUUGCUCUGCAUGUUUCUAGCUAUAUCUUCUGUGCUGUUAAGACUUUUAAAAUACCCAUGCUUUUUUAUUUGUUGUUUGGUCACGAUGGUCAGAGUUUCUGUUCACUUGUUUUAUUUUAGAGCAUGGGAAUCUGUUUUAUCGGUGAAAGGAAUUUUGAAAAGUUCCUUCUGGAGGUAAGUAAUUACGAAUUCACCACAUUUAUAAAUAACUUGUAUCAAAAAUGAAGGAUGCUGCUGUUUUGCUUUGGUUUAAUUUUCAGAUUGUGGCCUGGGAGUGGGUUUUUACACACAGUUGUUUUCCUUGCAGUAUUUGGAGCCCCGUCCAGGCAACUUUGUUUCCAUUGAAGACAACAAGGUCAUUGGAACACACAAAGGUCAGUUGAUAUUUUGUUACUCUGUUAACGUUAAAUGUCCCUUGUGUAUGGAAAAAAUGGACUGCUCUUUUGUAAUUUGUUUGCAUUUCGCAGCACGGUUAUAUAUGAAAAGCAAGUUUUAUACCUCUGUUUUCUGGCUCUCUGACCCCAUAUCUCAUGAACAGGAAGGAUACAGAGGCAUCAGAAAGGACUCUGAGUCCUGUCUUUCCUGAGUUGGCCCAGCUAACAGUAGAUUAAAUGUUGAGCUCCGGUGCUUGUAGAACGCAAUUUGUGUCAAAAGCAUCUGGUUGUAAAAGCUUCAGAUUUGGUAGUUAGCUAUUCUACUGCUGAGUUCUGUUUCUGUUUUAUUAGCUGAUAAAUUGUAGGGAAAUGAGCCUUUUUUAGACUGACAAAAGUUUGAUCCUUUAAUCUCUUUAAAGUAAAUGGUAAAGCAGUAUAAACAUAAACAUGCUUAAGGAAGGAAUCUGUUAAUGCUUGAAAUUAGACCAGACAUGUAAAGGGAGAACAAUCAUUUUCACAAAGAAAGGAAUUGUAAUAAUUGCUGGGAUUUGGCCUUGGCCUUCAGCAGCGUGAGACUUUGCGGAGGCUUUUCAACAGGGUAGUUUUGCUGUGCAUUUCUCAUUAAAUCCAAAGGAAGCUGUGGGUUUUGAUUCCCCAAAGUUAAGCCUAAGGUUUGGGAAUGGGGUUGUGGGACUGGAAUGUUCAUUUCUCUGGAGGCGACUGGUCUGGGGUCUUGUACACCCUUCAUUCCCUUAAUACAGAGAUAUAGAGGUGGUUUCAGUUCUUCACGGUGCUUCUCUUCUUCAUAGUUAGGUAAAGGUAAAGGAACCCCUGACCGUUAAGUCCAGUCGCAAACGACUCUGGGGUUGUGGCGCUCAUCUCACUUUACUGGCUGAGGGAGCCGACAUUUGUCUGCAGACAGCUUCCGAGUCAUGUGGCCAGCAUGACUAAGCCGCUUCUGGCAAACCAGAGCAGUGCACGGAAACGCCAUUUACCUUGCAAGAUGGAAUAUAUAGGUUCAAAAGAUUUGCAAGGAGGAAGAGGCCUACCCAUUCGAUGGCAAAACUAUUGCAUAUUUAUAUUCUCAUUUUGGUAUCCAUCUAAAAAUUACACAUUUCAAAUUUGUUCAUGUAACAUGUAAAUGUGGACUUUUAUUGGCUAUUAGUUUAUUUAUAUGAUUGAAUGCAAUCCAAAAUAUGUUCACUGAGAAAUGCUGGUGUAAUAAAAUAGAAAUGAAUGUGAGUUAUGAGCCAUAAUUCUCACUUGCAGAGCCCCACCUCUACCUUCCACUUAUUAGGUGGCCUUUUUCAUGCCACGAUUGUUGACUUUCCAAUCUGUAACUUUCAGACACUCACUCAUCUUACAGGGCUACUGUGAGAAUUACUGAAAUAAUAGUGCUUCAAGUGGUAGAAAUAUGCUAUAUAACCCCAGUUUGAAUGUUCCCAUUGGUUCAAAAGGGUUGGCAACCCCUUUUCUAUUGUCUAGCUUAUGAUUUAAGUUAGCCCCUCAGUGCAGUUUUGAAGGCAAAUGGUACAAAUAACCGUUGCUGUAAAUACAUCUACAAAUGGGUGGCUUAAAUUUGUAAUCUCUAUAGGCUAGUGGCAUUAUCAAACUCCGUAAGAUUUUAUAUUGUAAGACAAAAUGUUGGUAGAAUUCUUGUCUUUGUUAGUUUUAGAUGGUUGAACUUUCUUUCCUAAUAACUGAGAACUUUUUUUUUUGUUCCCAUGGUGAAGUAGAGCAAUACCCUCAAUUAUGUUUCACAAAAUAUGCUCGUAACUCCUCUAAUGCCUGCUUAUUUGCCAAUUUGUUAUCUGCUACUUUUCUUGAUAAAUACUGUUCCAAAAGCCUAGAAAGGAACUUGUGCCUGAUCCUAGCUAAUGAAGUGUAUAAAUAUGGAGCAUUUUUUGGCAUUUGAGGCGGGCGUGGCAGAUGAUUGUCAGCAUAUUCUGCUUUGUUGAAUCACACUUUUAGAAAAGGUUUUUGACUUUAUAGACUCAGGCUUACUUUUUUGGUUAUUUUUAAAAACAAAAAUGAAAAUGCAACAGUUGGAUGAGUGUCCCCUAAGUUUUUAUGAGUUACUCAUUCAGAAACUAUGUUUUUAAUCCGUAGGAUUCUGUUCUCUGUUGAAAUGGUAGGUUGCGAUUUCUGGAGGAACAAAAGGCUUAAGCAGUGUUAACGAUGUGAAAUAUAUAUUUUAUUUUUAAUUUUUAGGUUGUUUCUUGUAUACAUACGGCCAGAGAGCUAGGCUAGGAGGCCUCAAAGAUCCUUGGUUUGUUGUAGAUAAAAAUAUUGCCUCUAGGGAUAUCUUUGUGGUAAGUUUUCUAAUUCUGUGUACCGUUUGUAAUUCCUGCCAAAAAGAAUGUGGUUAUUAUUGGCCUAAGAUUCUUGGCUUUUCCAUUGAAAAGAAAAAGAAAAGCCGUUAAGUUAGCUGGUGUCAAGUUUUAUUACAUCCUGUUCAAACUGGCUUUUGAUUAACAAGAUUAACAAGAUUCUUUGAUUAACAAAGAUUGAAAAGGAUGUUGGCAUCAAGAAUCUAAUGGCAUGCACUGAAAGAAAUGGUUGAGUUUUGCCUUAGAACUAAUAUAAAUUAGUCUUACCAAAUAUAUUACUAUCUCUUUGAUUAAUAAAUGUUUGUCCAGUGCAGUGUAGGUAGUGUUUAUCAUGGUAUAUUGCCUAAAACCUGUUUAAAAUCCCAAAUUCCAUAGUAAAACCAUAGUUUAGUUUGCAUAGCUAAGCUUUGCCUACACACACACCUAGACAUGUACCUUGGUUUAAGAACAGCUUAGUUUAUGAACAACUUGGAUUAAGAAUGCUGCAAACCCAGAAGUAGGUGUUUUGGUUUGUGAACUUUGCCUUGGAAGCAGAACAUGUUCCGCUUCCUGCUGAGUGUGUUCCAUUUGUAAAUUGAGUCCCUUGCUGCUAUGGGAAAGCACACCUUGGUUUAAGAGCACUUUGGUUUAAGAACGGACUUCUGGAACAGGUUAAGUUCGUAAACCAAGGUACCACUGUAAAAGGAGACACCCAGCAAACCUGCUUGUCAUUUUGCAAAAUGAGGGACUGGAAAGGUGAGGAAAACUGCAAAACUGUUUUAGUUAUUUUAGUCAUGCUGGCCAGACGCCGCCUCCCUUGCCCUGAAGCGGGAUGAACACCGCACCCCAUAGUCGCCUUGGACUUGACUUAACUGUCCAGGGAUCCUUUAGUUUUACCUUUACCUGCUAUUGACAGAUGUUGCACUAUGAUAGGAGCCCAUAACACCCACCCACUUCAAAUAAUCAUUUCACACCCUGUUUUUUGGCCAUUCUUUAGCCAUUCUUAGACAAGAGGUUGCUAACCUGUGACCCUCUAGAUCAGAGUUUUCCAAACUUGGGUCUCCAGCUGUUUUGGGACUACAACUCCCAUCAAUGCUAGCUAGCAAGACCAGUCGUCCGGGGUGAUGGGAAUUGUAGUCCGGCAACAUCUGGAGGACUGCAGGCUAGGCAUCCCUACUUGAGAUUCAGAAAUCAUGCUUAAAAGCAAGCAAGCCAGUUUUUAUGUUUGUUGCCAUCCCUUUUGUAGAAAAUGAAAGUACGGAAAUCUACAAACAAGAUAAACCACUGUCCUUGUGAUCCCAAGAUAUUCUGUGUCAUCUUGUCCUAUAGGAAACCCUGAAUAUGGCAGAAAAUUUCAUGGAUGUAGUUUCUCUCUUCCUGAAAGAAAUAUUUGAAGCAGUGCCAUCAUUAAACAUCAGACUUUUUAAAAAAUUGAGAUCCAAGGAUCCAACACAGUCUUCUUCUUUGGCGAUCACUCGUAGCCGAGUAUGAUUGUCUUCCAUGAACACAGUUUUAACAGUGAGUCAGUAAGUGACUGUGGAGGCCAAUUCUGGAUCCACACGUCCUUCCACAGUGAGGACCUUGGUUUCCUGGUUGGAGUUGAGCAUGGUGAAGGUUUACCAAGCAUGCCUUCCUCUUAGCACGUUUCUCCCUUGUGUCCUGAGUUGGAGUGUCUUCAAAGCCCAUGGCACCUUUGGUAAAGGCUGUUCUCCAACUGGAGUGCUCGCAGGGCAGUGUUUCCCAGUUGUCAGUGUUUAUACUAUAUAUUUUUUUUAGAUUUGCCUUGAGACAGUCUUUAUACCUCUUUUAUUGACCACCAGCAUUACACUUUCCAUUUUUAAGUUCGGAACAGAGUACAGUAGUACCUCGGGUUAAGUACUUAAUUCAUUCCGGAGGUCCGUACUUAAGCUGAAACUGUUCUUAACCUGAAGCACCACUUUAGCUAAUGGAGCCUCCUGCUGCUGCGCCACCGGAGCACAAUUUCUGUUUUCAUCCUGAAGCAAAGUUCUUAAACUGAAGCAAUAUUUCUGGGUUAGCAGAAUCUGUAACCUGAAGCGUAUGUAACCUGAGCUACCACUGUAGUCGCUUUGGAAGACGAUCAUCAGGCAUCCGGCCAACAGGACCAGUCCAAUGAAGUUGAUGUUGAAGCAUCGUUGCUUUGACACUAUUGAUCUUUGCUUCUUCCAGUGCACUGGCAUUAGUUCACCUGUCUUCCCAAGCGAUGUGUAAAAUGUGUAAUCAAAAACCACAUUAUUGCAAAUGUGGCUGUGAAGUUACUAAUCCGUUAUAAAAAAGUGGCUUUGUAGCUGUUUUCCUUACCCAAAUGCUGGUUUUAUUCAUAAUGAUCAGCCAUGUGAUCAGCUAGUUUUAAAUUAAAAUUGUUGUACCCACUUCCAAGGCACCCUCUACAGACCACCCUGCACUUUACAGAGAUCUCUUGCGGACAAACCGGGUACACUGGAUCGCAGAGGAACCUCCCGCAGAGCUGAUUCGGGACAAAAUGAUGGAGUGUCAUUUCCGCUUCCAACACCAGAUGGCACUAGGUGACUAGACUUCAUUCAUUCAUUCAUUUUACUUCUGUGGGGAAGGCGUUUGGUAUUACAGUGGUAAAGGUAAAGGUACCCCUGCCCGUACGGGCCAGUCUUGACAGACUCUAGGGUUGUGCGCUCAUCUCACUCUAGAGGCUGGGAGCCAGCGCUGUCCGCAGACACUUCCGGGUCACGUGGCCAGCGUGACGAAGCUGCUCCAGCGAACCGGCACCAGAGCAGCACACGGAAACGCCGUUUACCUUCCCGCUAUAAAGCGGUACCUAUUUAUCUACUUGCACUUAGGGGUGCUUCGAACUGCUAGGUGGGCAGGAGCUGGGACCGAAAGACGGGAGCUCACCCCGCCGCGGGGAUUCGAACCGCCGACCAUGCGAUCGGCAAGUCCUAGGCGCUGAGGUUUUACCCACAGCGCCAGCCACGUCCCUAUUACAGUGGUACCUCGGGUUAAGUACUUAAUUCAUUCCGGAGGUCCGUUCUUAACCUGAAACUGUUCUUAACUUGAAGCACCACUUUAGCUAAUGGGGCCUCCUGCUGCUGCCGCGCCGCCGGAGCAUGAUUUCUGUUCUCAUCCUGAAGCAAAGUUCUUAACCCGAGAUACUGUUUCUGGGUUAGCAGAGUCUGUAACCUGAAGCAUAUAUAACCUGAAGCGUAUGUAACCUGAGGCACCACUGUACUAGGAAAAGAGCCAGUAUUACUGCACAUUGACAUUUAUUUGGAUUAGGAGAUAGUAUUCAAAUUUGAUGAGAAUGCGAAAGCUAGUUCUUUAGCAUCUAUUUUAUUUUAUUUUGUGUUUAGAGCCUUGCACCUUAACUCUAAAUCAGGAUGGGACUGUAUGGCUGACAAUGGUCAAGCCAAUCAGGGCUCUUGCCCCAGGCCAGGUAGGUACUGAAGAUGCUUUUGGUUUCUUCCUAUGUGUUAAAUUUAUAGCCUAUCAGUGAACUGGGACUUCCUUCCUGGGUGGGGGGAAAAUAUGCUUAGGAUUACAGCCUUAAGCUUCUCACCGUUUGAAUACAAGAGUCCUGGAUAGGUAAAAAGCUUUGUCAAAAUAUGUUUGAAUUUCUUUAUUUCUUGGGUCUGAAUUGAUCACAGUUUGAACUUUUAAAGUUGAUCUUACAUAAAUUGUGCUCCACAAUAAGUCUCCUUGGAUUUUUUUCUGAUACAUAAUGACUUAUAUAAGCAGUCUUAUUCAGUUACCUGAGAGCAGGCCUCAUUGCAUAUAUCGGGACAUAUUCUUUCAUUAACCUGAGUAGGAUUGAGCUGUGAGUCUGGAUCUCUCACUCGGAGGCAAACAUUUUCUUUUCCAUCCUAGUGUGCAGACUCCUCUGUAGGCUUGUUAAGUGAGUAUUUCAGUAUACCUAUUAGAAUAUCUCCCGCCUGGAGGGAAAUACUGUUUCUAAUGGAAUUUUCUUUCCUUGUUGCACAACUUUCUGAUCCCUUGCAGUUUCAUUUUACUAAUUAGCAUUUAUUGGGUACUAUAAAUUCAGUCGUCCCUAUUUCUUUUUUUUUUAGAGAAAGUUGUAGAAUGUGUAUAAUGGACUGUUAAUUAUAGUGAAAGAGGCAACACUAAGCUCUACUUCUUUCAUUUUCCGUGAGUCAGUGCCAGAUCCUGUGGAUGUCUGUUUGGAAGUGGGACCCACUGAGUUCAGCAAAGCUCACUUCCAAGUAAAUGAUGAGAAGGGAUGAGCUGUAGCUCAGUGAAAAAGCACAUGCAUUGUAUGGACAAGGUCUCAUGUUGCACUCUUGGCUUCUGUAAGAGCAAAACUGGGAAAGACCUCUGCUUAAGAUCCUGGGAAGCAGUUGCCAGCUGUAAAAGACAGUGCUUGGCCAUGAUGGGCCAGUGGUCUAAUGUAAAGUAGCACAGUGCUUUGAGAGGGUGCAAUACCUUUUUUAAAACAGAUGAAUAAAUGAGAACUCUAGCUGUUGCCCACUUCCUUCUGUUCCAUUUUCAUCUCACACUAUCCUAGAAGAAACGGGUUGCAUUUUGGAAAGCAGCAUAAUGGCUUCAACAACCGGUGUGAGAACGCUCAGAGCGCUUUCUAAACUGCAGCCUCGCAUCAAGGUGGUGACUCAAGCAAGCCCUACUGAAAUCUUGAGAGAGUGAUGCGAGUAGCCAAGCGCAGGGUUGUGUCCACAAAAUAGUGAGACUUAAGAACACUUAACUUUUCAGAAGAGUCUUGCCAUUGAAUUCUCAUACACAGCUGAGUAGUUUGUUUUAUUUGGACCUAGCGAUGUCUUGAGUCACCAGCCUCCCAAACUGCAGGGUGGCUUUCAAAUCCUGCAAAUUUAACAAAAAAGGAUCUACAAUACAACAUAAAAAUGUGUGUAUGUGUCCUGGUGUGCAGAUUAAUUGAUGCUAUGGGCUGUGUGCUUGUGGUCUAUUGAUGGGUGCGCUAGAUAGUAAUGAUUAAGUUCAGAUGUUAGUCUCCUAGUGAAGAGAAUUUUUAUAGGCACCUUUUGUGUGGUAUAUCAAAGGAAAAGCAUUUAACAUACUUGCCAUGGAAUGCAACACUUGCCUUUUUGUUUAUUUAGAAGAUUGCUUCUUUAAAACUGUAUAUUGUAUAUCUAUAUAUCUGUGCAGUUUUUUUAUAUAUUGAGUUUCACACACACCAAUAACUUUGAUGCCCUUGCCUAUUUUUUCACAUUGCCAUGUUCAGAACAGGAGAGCUUACAUGUGACUUUGGUUCUGUGUUCAGUUAUCUAUUCCUUGCAGUUACACAUAACCCUCUGUGUGCUGUAAACAUUGUUGCCAUUUGUCUUUUCAGUUUGCUGUUUUCUACAAGGGUGAUGAAUGUCUUGGCAGUGGAAAGAUUUUGAGACUGGGUCCCUCGGUGUAUACUUUGCAGCAGGGCAGAAACAGAGAAAAGACGGCUGAGAAUGGGCCUGAGGUCAAGGUAGAACCAACCACGUGACUGCUUUCUUUCAUGCAAAGACUUUGUUACUUAAUGAUGUUGAAUUAAAAGAGAGAGAUCAAAUGGUCUUACAGUUACAAGAACACAUAUGAAUACACACAUUGACGUAUUUGUUGGGAUAUUUUCAUGAGGUGAAUUAUGAUAAUACUUUAGAGGUUUUUUUUAAAAAUGAAAUAUUUUUGACAUGAUGAAUGACCUGUGGUGGUGAGAAACAGAAGAAGAUUUACUGUUCCUAAGUUGCUGCGGUCCUCUGCAAGGAAUUCCCACACAUCAGGGUUGAUGUUACCAGCCUUCAUGUCACGUUUUCAGACAUCUUUGUAAUCCAGAGUUGGUUUUCCAAUGGGCCUGGUGCCUGAAGCCAGCUCCCCAGAGAGCACGUCCUUGGGGAUCCUUCUUCCAUCUUCCAUUCUGUGGUCAUGACUAAGCCAUCUGUUGGGAAAACGCCAUAGCACCUGGAAAACUAGGAACUGUGGAAUAACGUCCUGGCUGUUUGCUGAAUCUCCUAGAUUUCUCUAACCUUGAAAGAGGUGCCUUUCCUUAUCAGCUUGUGUAGCGUUCCCUGUGAUAGAAGGAAAUACAGCCAUUUAAACAUUUUGCUUGAUGUAGACAUGACAAUUUGGAACACAGGAAGCCGCUUAUACUGAGUCCAAUCAUUGUUCCAUCUAGCCACAGCACUGGUGAUUAGCUGUGGCUCUCCAAUUGCCCUGUGUAAGAGCAACAUAAUUCUAUUUAUAUUGUAAACUGCCCUGUGAUCCUCAGAUGAACGUCGGUAUACAAAAUGAACCGAUUAAUUACUUAAUUAAAAGACAAUGAGCAAAACCUCCUGGCAACAUCUGGGGAAAAGCCUUCUGUUAGUAUGGCACCUCUUUCGUCUAAUGAGGCUUGUGCAGGAGAGAUUCUCCAUGAUUUUUCUCCGAAGUCUGAGAUUGUAAACUUUAUUAAGCUUUUUCCAACAGUGUGUUUCUUCUAUGGAUCAAAAUUGUGCCUCUGUGAGGAAAGGUGCUUUAGCUUUUCAGGUUCAAAAUUCUGUAUUACUGAAGAACAGUUUCCAUUUUCCACACUUGUUAAAUAACUCAUUUGCGAGUUCCUAUGCCAACUAUAAAUAAAAUGCUUAUGAGUUACUAUACAUCCAGGAAUCUAAGAAUAUGAACAAA